UGGGUAGGGUGGGGAAUCCUCCCUUGCUGGCCUUUGUCUCCAACUAGCUUCCAUCAGACAUGUCUUUCACUGCAGGGCUGAUCAGAGGAUAUGGGAAGGGAUACGUGAUUGAUGGUAUUUAGUGUCUUGGCUCACCCAAGGGUGCAUGAGUGUUCUCCACUCCCUGGCAGAAGAAUCCCUGGCAUGUGAGAAUGAAGGUGGUUCCCAGAGAAGAGAUUUUGAAAAGGACACACCUUGCUUCUUUGCUUCCCCUCUUCCAGGAGGGGUUAGGAAAUGUGUUUAUGUUCCCACUCCCUACAAAACCAACUGAGCAGUGAAAAUUGCCUCCUGGGCUGUGGAGCAGCAGAGGGUGCUGCAGGGCCAGCUGGCUUGGCAGAGCAGCUGGGGAGGGCUGUGCACACCAGCCUUGCCCAGAGUUUGUUGUGCCCGUGGCUGAAGAGCUGCAGAGCCACAUGCUGAGCCUGACAGAUACUGAUGUAUGCUAAUGUCAAGUGAGGAAAAUAUGCUUUGCUUCCGAAAACCAUGCGUCCUGCUAUGUUGACAUGGCAUGCUACAUCUCAGAAAGCAGAGCAGUUUGUUGAAUGUCAAGAGUUAUGGCUUUUUGUCUGGGAAUUUACUGUGGCAUGCAGAGCAUCACAGCCAUCUGAGAAGGUGAUGUGCCUUGUGUGAUUCCUUCAGCACUUGCCUUCAGCCCUGGGCUGGCCCAGAGGAAGCUGGCUGCCCUGCAUUUGUGUGUCCUGUAGGAACUAGAGUGAAACCAGCAUUACCUGGCAGUCAUUUGGAUUGCUGUUUUGGAGCAGGUCAGCUGUUCAUCUUGCCCCGGUUUCAGCAUCUGAGGGAGAGCAGCCUGAUGUCUGGAAGUAAUGCCUUGGAGAGGUCACAGGACACCUGACUGGAGAAAGCUGUACUCAUUUACCAGUGAGGGACACUUUCUAUUGACAGUCACUGCUAAUUUAGUGGGGGUUUGGCUUCCUUGUGCUCUUAUUUUCCCCACACUGCAAGACAGACUAAAGACUGUGAUGUGCAAGGAAAAGGCACUGAAUAUUCCUCUACAAGUGAUCUUGCUGCUUCUGCAAGACAUUAACAGAGCCUCAAGAAAAAAACCGAUCAUGGAUAGAAAGAGAUGCUCAUGGUGUUUUCUACUGCCCCUUGUUUUGCCCCCAUGAAGAAAGCUUGACAGCAAGCCCCAAGAUGAUCUUUUAUGGCUUUUAACAGAAGAAUAGCCAGCCCCUUACUGGCUGGGCCACUACCAAGGUGAUGUCCAGAGCCAGCACCCUGCCCUGCCGCUGACUUGUGUUGUGGCAAAGUAUAUCAAAACCCCUACUAAACAUUAACCAAUAGAAUCUAGCUCUCUUUCCUUUUUCCUUGUUUAUUUUUCUUUCAAUUUUUUCCCCUCCCAUGGCCAUGCUGUAACUAUUCCACCAGCUUCAGGCUUGCAGUCCUUCAGUCAGAGCUUAAUCCGAGACUCCUUGCCCUACGACCGGAGCACUGGGGACAAUGUCAGUGGAUGGCGACUUCCACUAAAAAUGUGACUUCCAAGUGUCCAGAAAUGCUUUGCUGGGCUGUAAGGUACAACUGUGGACAGUCCCUCUACCAAAGUCCAUGUCGGAGCCAUCCGUGGAAAGCCAGAUAGGUUUUCCUUUGGGCAGUUGCCAUCUGUCUAAAUGCUUUAUGGCUUUUCACUUCAGUAUUAAAUUGUCCUCAAGUUACUCAGUAAACACACUUUGCUGUAUUUUACCUAAUGGCCUCUGAAGUGGUGGGAGCUGGUUGGGUUCUUCUUCCCUCUGCCCCCACACCUGCCCACGUGCGGGGCAGCUCCCCCGUGACCCCCGGGGGCAGGGACUGCCUCCAGUGAAGGCGUUGCUGGCACCACUGCGAGCCAGGUGGAACCUUUAUAACCGAUGGUGCUGCUCAGGAACUUUGGCCCUGGCAGGGAGACGGCGCCAGGGAGAGAACCGCCAGAAUGGAACAUGUGGAGGGGGUGAAGUGGAUGAAGAUGAGACGCCAUAAACUCUUUCUGACUCUCUGCAUGGCUGGUCUCUGCCUCAUCUCCUUCUUGCACUUCCUCAAGGCCCUUUCCUAUGUCACCUUCCCCAGGGAGCUGGCUUCGCUUAGUCCCAACCUCGUCUCCAGCUUCUUCUGGAACAAUGCCCCCGUCACGCCUCAGGUCAGCCCUGAGCCAGGGGGUGCAGAGUUCCUCCGCACACCCCUGUACUCCCACUCCCCCUUGCUCCAGCCCCUGUCUCCCAGCAGAGCCAGCGAAGAGCUGCACAAGGUUGAGUUCGUGCUGCCAGAAGACUCAACGGAAUACUUUGUCCGUACCAAAGCCGGUGGCGUUUGCUUUAAGCCAGGCACCAAGGUGUUGGAGAAGCCACCCGUGGGAGGCCGGCAGGAGGAGCGAGCGGAUGGCGCAGCCUCGGGGCGGCCGGCUCGGAAGCCGCUGAGCGCCAGCGGAGCCAAGCGGCGCAAGUGGGUGGAAUGCGUGUGUCUGCCGGGCUGGCACGGCCCCAGCUGUGGGGUCCCCACCGUGGUCCAGUACUCCAACCUGCCCACCAAGGACCGCCUCGUGCCGCGGGAGAUCCCCCGGCGGGUAAUCAAUGCCAUCAACGUCAACCACGAGUUUGACCUGCUGGAUGUCCGCUUCCAUGAGCUGGGAGACGUGGUGGAUGCUUUCGUGGUGUGCGAGUCCAACUUCACGGCCUACGGAGAGCCGCGGCCCCUCAAGUUCCGCGAGAUGCUCCUCAACGGCUCCUUUGACUACAUCCGCCACAAGGUGCUCUACGUUUUCCUGGACCACUUCCCCCCCGGUGGCCGCCAGGACGGCUGGAUUGCUGAUGACUACCUGCGUACCUUCCUCACCCGGGAUGGCAUCUCCCGCCUCCGCAACCUGCGCCCGGACGACGUCUUCAUCAUCGAUGAUGCUGAUGAGAUCCCGGCCCGCGAUGGGGUGCUCUUCCUCAAGCUCUAUGACGGCUGGACAGAGCCCUUCGCCUUUCACAUGCGCAAGUCGCUCUAUGGCUUCUUCUGGAAGCAGCCAGGCACCUUGGAGGUGGUCUCAGGCUGCACCAUGGGGAUGCUCCAGGCCGUCUAUGCUACCGAUGGGAUACGUUUGCGGCGCCGUGAGUACUACACCAUGCCUGGGUUUCGGCAGUAUGAGAACAGCACAGGACACAUCCUGGUGCAGUGGUCGCUGGGCAGCCCCCUCCACUUUGCUGGCUGGCACUGCUCCUGGUGUUUCACCCCUGAGGGGAUCUACUUCAAACUGGUGUCAGCCCAGAACGGGGACUUUCCCCGCUGGGGUGACUACGAGGAUAAACGAGACCUCAAUUAUAUCCGGGAGCUGAUCCGGACUGGUGGCUGGUUUGAUGGUACUAUGCAGGAGUAUCCCCCUGCUGACCCCAAGGAGCAGAUGUAUGCUCCCAAGUACCUGCUCAAGAACUACCAGCGGUUCCGCUACCUGUUGGAGAACCCCUACCGAAAGGCAGAGGGUGCUGGGUGAGGCCACCGAGGCCCAGGCUUGGGUGGGAAAUCAGAACUUCACCACAAAGGGAAAGAGUCGGGUGUUUUCCUCUGUUCUUCUUCUUUUGUUUCCUUUGUUUACAGGCAGGGUGGGCUGUUUUUCUGAGGUCUCUGCCCUCCCUCGCUUCCUGUUCUUCUUCCCUUCAUCCCAGGGUGAUGCCUGGGAACCCAAAUUCCUCAGUCACAUGAAGGGAGACCUGGACAGGAGGAAGAGAGAUGUUGAGGACUUGCUCUGUAGUAGCAUAAAGACUUCCUUGCAUCUUCUGAGCCUCUCCUGCUGGCUGCAGAGAAUCUCUGCAGCCAGCUGGCAGAUUUUUCCUCUGGGGGAGGCUGAGAGGAUCCCAUGGGGAGAGAGGGCAGCUGUUCCCAUCCACCCUCAUCCUUUGUGGAUUGGAGCAAGCAUAGAUGCAAGCCUGGGCUAUUCAGUGAGCGUGUGAGUCAGCAGGCACAAACUCUUGUGAGUGGUUGUGUGUGCAGAUGUGUGUCACUGGCAUUUUUUGGAUGAGUGAAUGUGCAAAAGCAUCUCAGUAUGCUUUUUUUUUUUUUUGAAUACUGCUAUAUUCAAAGGGUAUUCUGGGGAAGGGAAAUCCUUUGCUUUCAAGCUGUCCUUCUCAAGAUGCAGCCCCUUGCACAGGCUUAAUGCAUUCUGUCCUGGGCUGAAUCUUGCCCCAGUACUCUACCAGUCCUGGAGCAGACAGAUAGGAAGCAGAGGAGAAAGCUGGGUUUGAGGGGUUUUUCUGCUCAUUUUUCCCCCUGCCCCCACAACACUGCAUGGACUUGUCCUACAAAGCCAAAGCAUCUUCCCUGCAGAACAUGCUUCUGUUGGGGCUGGGAUAAGCUGUGGGGGCUCAGUCAGAUGGUGGGAGUGUACGUUUGCAAGUGCAUGGUUGCCUGUGUGCAUGAGUGCUCACAUGCAUGGGUUUGGUGUGCACCUGGGUGUUUAUUACCAGUAUUGGGGGGGAGGAGGACAUAGUGGGGCUUGGCUGAGUGUGCUUGCAGGAAAUGGUGGGAUCCAGAAGCUGUGAUCUCAGUGUUGGCAUGAUGAUUUCUUGGGCAAUUCAUAGGAGAGGAGCAGGGAUAGCAUUGGCUCUGCAUAGCAGUGGUACACCUGUGGGACUGUUGCACACCUCUCUGGCUGCCUCUAGAGCCCCACAGGCUGUGCCAGUAGCAGGGCUGCUGCUUACAUCUGCUGGCUACUCCUUCUUACCAUGGGGUAAUAAAAGGGAGAAGAGGAAGGGUGGAAUUCUGAUUGUUGUGGGCAAACAAAGCCUGUUGAGGCACAGGAUCCAUCUGUCUGCCCUUGGGGUGUGAGGGGACUCAUGAAGAAACAAGCCAUGGGCCAAUUCUUCCUGGGGCCAAGAGGCUGUUAGGGGACCACAGUGCAACCCAGAGUGUGUGCAGCCCACACCUGCACCCUGGGCCAUGCAGACAACACCAUGGAGAGGAAAAGGGGCUUAAGAGUGUGCUAGCUGCAGCUGGUUGGGCUGGUGUCUGCUCAGGCAUGGGCAGUGAGGAUCUGGCCUGCUGUUGUAUUGGAUUGUUCAGCUCACUGAGGAGGCAGAAUCUUGUCUCCACCCUUACCACCACCCUUCCUUAGCAGAUGGCUUGACAUGGUGCCCAGAGCCUGGGUCGUAGUGGGCAGAGGGUGAAAAUCGUAAUGAACUUGCUCUCUUAGCCUUGCAGUGGAAAGACUGACUCACAUUCCAAGCAGAAAUAGUGAAGAAGGAUAAUUACGAAGGCAUUGGCACAAAGAAGUGUGGCCCUUCUGGCCAGCUGUGCUAAAGCAGGAGGGUUUUCAUUGCCCUUAACUCCAUCAGGCUUCCAUGGUCCUGUGGCACAUGCCACCCUUGUGCUUCAUUCCUACCAAUGUCUCUCUCUUUUUUUCCUUCCUAGUCUCCUCUCUAGAGAAGAGAAAACUGUCAACAAAAACAGCUUGCUUGCUUAAUAAGGCAGAGACUGGAAUAAAAAGAUUAAUGUCUUUUUCUGAUCAAGUGGAGGUGCAGUUUAUCUUGGCUCCUUCCACAUAUUGUUUACCAUAAUGCCUUCUUAGAAGAACUGAAGAACCUCUUUUGUGUUAUUUUUGGUUUCUUUAAAAUCCCUGUUCUCAGUUCUGUUGUGUCUUCCCCACAGGCAGAGAAGCCCCUUUGGGAACUGGGUGGACAGACAAACUUUGCUAGGAGAAUGCUUUUCCCCCAAAGGGAAGCUGUGGCUUUUUUAAGUCCAGACUUAUUGAUGUAGCAGAAGGAACUCCUGUCACAGUCAUGAGGUUCUGGUGCUGAGCAACUGUGUGGAGGUUUUAACUGUAGAGAGAUGGUAGAGAAAUGGGGUCCCAGCUGAGAAAGGAGGAGCCUGUAUUGAGCAAGAUGAAAGCCACAGCACUGAGGAUGCAGCACGGGGAGAAGAUGCUUUCCCCAGGGACAGCUGGAGGAGAGCAGGUGUGUUAGCUCAUGCAAUUCAGCAGCAGCACAGUGUGGAAGGAAGAAGCCAUUUCUCAUUUUUACUCUGAGGAGGGAGCCUGAGGUCUGCUCUUGGACCUUUUGGCUUUGCCUUGUCUCAGUGAUGGUAACACAAGGUCAGUGCCAGGCUUUGCUGGAGGCAGAGGAGAAGGACCAGCCAGUCUUUGCGUGGGUGCUUUGGCAGCACCAGAGCCCCACUUCAGCAGGAGCUGAAGUUCAUGUGUGCUGAGGCUGCACCUCCUUAUCUCCCACAGUGGGAGCAGCCUUUCCUCUGAUAUCAGCCCUUCCCAUGCACAGCCAUCCUUGGGGAUUUUUAGUGCACAGCAGUCAUGUUUUCAGUGUUGAGGUGCAGCCCUUGUCUCUUGGGAGUUUAAUAAGCCCACAGCUGCAGUAUCUGCUUCUCCCAUUCCUGAACUGCAGCCUGUUGCUUUCUCUCCUCCAUUAUUUGCUCCACCAUUCCCCUCUUCUCCCUCUGAUUUGUGUCUUCCUUCUGCUCCCUUGGGCUGGAGAAGGUGUUGCUGGAAAAGGAAUGCUGGGGUUCUUGUGCAGAACUCCUGCCCUGCCUGCCUCCUGGACUUACUCACUUCCUUAUUCUUAGGAAAUUAAAUUGAAACCAGACUUGUGUUGUAGUGGGAGGAAGGGGCUUUACAGAUGAAAUGCAUUCUUUAUUGUUUCUCUUUCUCAAGAACUGUUUAAGCAUUUUUUUGAUUUAAGGCCAAACCAGUCAAUGUUUGUCUAAUUUGUCUGGCUAACCCUGUGUUUAUUAUCCUUAGGGAGCUAGAGUGCUUGUCAUUAAAAAUCUUCCUUCUUGUCCCUGGAGGGAACAGACUACUAAGCUGGCUUUCACAUAGUGAUUUUCCAAGGUGGUGGCUUGCCCUCUGCUCUGCUUUGCCUGUGCUGCCUGCUGGGACCUCUGCAGCCAGCUCGGUGUGGGACAGCCACCCCUCCAGGCAGCUGCCACAAGAGGGAAGUCAAAAGUAUGUGCAUGUGUGAGGUGGUGAGAGAGGCAAAGCAGGAGGCAGGUUGUGUCAGAUCCUUGUUUCCCAGUGCUAGACCCUGAGGUGAGCACUGAAGCUCCUUCAUCUCAUCUGAACCAGGUUCUGAGAUUUGAAAAGGGAAAGACCAAGAACCUUGUGCUGACACUGGGCUGGAACUACCAGAGCCUGCUGUCUGUGGGUUGUUGCAGCCCAUGGAGCUGUGGGCAGUUAAUCCUGUUGUCUCUCUUGGACCAAACUGUCCAGUGGAUGGAGGGAAUGCAUCACCAGCCUUUUCCUGCAGCCCUCUUCAGCCUUGUGCUUUUUCGUCCUCAAAACCUUUUUUACCUUCAAACUGGUAAAAAGUGGGGCCAGGAAAUAGGUGAAGUGUGUGGCAUACCCAAGCCUCGCACGUCUUUCUGUCUUUGUGCUUCCCACCUAGAAAGAGAUUGUGUGCCUGUGCAUGGCUUUGGGCUGGAGAAUGCCUCUUCCCCUUUGCCCCGAGGGAAAGGAAGGACAUGGGCUUUGGUGCCCCUGCAGCAGGUGAGCUUGCUGAAGCAGAGGGACUAGGGCAGGUUAGACCUAUUUGCCUGUUUGGGGGCAAUGCCACACCCAAGUGACAAAAGACACGGUGAGUUUGUGCCUGUGGUUGGUAUGGAGGAUGACAUGCUCAAGCCCACUCUUGCUGUUGCUUUCUCUGAUCCCUGUGUCCUGCUGAGAUGUUGUGGUUGUGCUGCCCAGGCCAACCUACUCUGUGUCUCUGUGACAGGUAAACAAGGAAACCGAGCUGGCAUGGAGGGAGAGUGUCAGAGCAGAAUGGGUGUUUAUUCCCCUCUGCCUGCCCUGCUGUUUCCUUGUGGGGUGGUGUCUGUUCCCCUCCUCGGUGUCCCGGGGCUGUGUCCCUGUGUCCCAGCUCCUGCUGGCAAUCCCUGUGGCUGCUAUGCCUCUGCACUGUGAAGACGCGUGUCCAGGGUCGCUCCUGGUUCCAUUGGUGAACACUGGUGGUGAAGAGGGAGGGACAGCUCAUCCUCCCUUCACUGACCUCUGACCUUGGUGAGAAAGGAGGGAAGUGAGUGGGAGAAUGGAUCCUGUACCCCUCCAUCGUUGUGUUCUCUCCACCCUCCCUAAUCCCCUCCUUUCUGAUUUCUGAGAUAUUGGACAAACUCACUCCUGUUAUGGAAAGGGAAGGGGAGCUGGAGGGUAAGGGGGUGGCAGGAGGGGCUCAGAUCCAGCAUUGAGAAAGAAGAACUGUUUCUAAUGCAAUACACUGACAUUUUAAAGCUUUGGGCACUGCAGGUAAUGGAUUAAGAAGGGAUCUGAAAUACUCUAAGAAUUCAAACAGCUGUUUUUUCCUGCCUGUGCGGAUGAUGAUGCAGUAUCAUCCUGGAGGUGGUCCAGCAGCACUUCUGAGCCUGGGGUCCACCUGGACCUGCUGCUGGUGUUGCUCCUGGAGGGGCUCCAGGACAUCCUGCUUUGGAAAAAGAAUGCGUGGACUUGCCAAAAACUAAAAAGAAAAAAUAAGAGCAUCUGCAAAGCUCCUUUCAACUCUGUAAUUUAUAAACAGCAAGUAAUAAUGAACUUUUUGUAAGGAUAAAUCAAAUGUACAUUCUGAAAUCAUUUUCUCUGUAAAUGGUUGGAUUUCAUUUCACCCUUAAAGGGAUGCUUAAAAGGAGGAGAUAAUAAUAAAAAAUUAAAAAAAUUUACAAAGUAUGAAAAGAAACCAA